AUGGGUAAGUGGAGAGGAAACUCGGUUCUGGUGGACGAUCAUACUUAUGAUAUCGACACUUUUUGUUGUGAAUGUCGAGAAUGUAGUGAUAGCGAAAAUAGAAAAAGUAAGUUAAAACGUUGUCAGGGAGCAUUUUCUGUUCACUACGACGAGGGCUUAGGUUAUGGAGGCUCAACACAGUUUAACCAAUGUGAUUUAUCUGUUCCAAUUGGUGAAGGAGAUUUUUGUCAGCACUGUAAAGGUCAAACGGAAACCUAUCAACAAUUACAAGAAAUAGAAAGAUUAGACAGCGUAUUUACCGCAAAAUGGUAUGGAAAAAAUUAUACAGCCGAAGAAAUUGCUGCUUGGGAAAAAUGUCCGCCAGACAUAGUGGCAGAUACAGCCUUGGCAGAUAAAUUAGGCUAUAGCUCGAUAGAAAUCAACACUAUUGGUAGUUUUGCAAAUUAUGGAGUUUAUUUGAGCAUGCCGGUGAAUGGAUAUAUCAUGGAUAGUUAUGGUCCAAGAAAAACAACAUUAGUCGCUUCGAUUUUAGUAUUUUUUGGAUAUUUUAGUUUAGCAAUGACAUAUGCAGGAUAUUUCCGUGUUCACUCAUUCAUGUUAUGUGCUAUUUACUUAUUUUUAGCCGGUGCUGCAUCAUCUGCAGCGUUCGGGGCACCAUUAGCAUUAUUUGGAUUAUCGGCUUUCACAUUUGCACAAAUCGAUAAUUUGAUUUUUAAAGACAAUGUUUACGAUCUCUUGUUAUUUUUGUCGAUUACAACCGGGUCUGUUCUGUUUGUUGGUGGUUGGUUUCUAAACGUUAUCCCUCCACCAUCAUCAUCGUCGUCGCUCAAUAACGAUAAUAACGAUGAAAUAGUAGCGAUUGAUGGAGGAGAACACGAACAUACCGAAACAUCACCUUUGUUAAGAUCGCCAUCAUCAUCAGAUAUGGAUAUAGCAGGAUGGAAUUUUUUAAAAAAUAAUAAUGCUAUAUUAUUAACUUGUUCAAUAUUUUUUCUUGGUGGAGUAGGAUUAAUGUAUAUUAAUAAUGUUGGUACAAUCAUAAAAUCUCUUUAUUACGAACCACGACAUCCUUCAUCUCCUGAAAUAUUACAAAAUCUGCAAAAUUAUCAUGUCUCGCUGAUCUCAAUAUUUUCGUGUUUAGGUAGAAUUAGCGUUGGGGCGUUUUCAGAUGUGACAAAAAAAUUAUUUAAUCUUAGAAGGUUAUGGUAUUUGAUUUUGGCCGGGACUUGGUUAUUAAUUGGGAAUUUGAUGACAGCUAUUUAUAUUAAACGUGUUAGUGAUUUAUGGAUCGUUAGUGUUUUUGUUGGUUAUGGAUUUGGAAAUUUGUUUGGUGUUAGUCCAACCAUCGUUUCCGAAUGGUUUGGUAAUAAAAAUUUCGGAUUGAAUUGGUAA